GAAACCAUACAGUUCUCUCCCCUGUCAGCUCCUACACACUGCUUUGUGUGGCUCUGCAUAGCAGAGCCUUACAAAGCAGUGUGCUUUACAGUAGAAAGCACACACAAACCGCCUCAUAAUGGAAAAACACACACACAGCAGAUCCUUUGUUCGCCCCAGAGGUUAACCCCUUCCUACCCAGUGCCAUUAGUACAGUGUCAUUGCUUUUUAUUAACACUGAUCACUGUAUAUGUGUCACUGGGGAUGUCAGUGACACCAAGUUAGUUCCCCCCAGUGUCAGAAUGUCUGCCUCAGUCCCUCUAUAA